AUGGCACAGGAAGUAAUCGACAACGUCGCCGCCAAAGGCACCUCCUACUUUACCCCAGCUCAGGAUCCCCCAGCAGGCACGCAGCUCGAGGGAUCAGCCAAGCUGUUCACCUCCCUCACCAUCCGCGGUGCGACCUUUCCGAACCGCCUGUUCCUUGCCCCUCUCUGCCAGUACUCCGCUAAGGAUGGCUACGCCAAUGAUUGGCACUUGACGCAUCUGGGUGGCAUCCUCCAGCGCGGGCCAGGGCUGGCAAUCAUGGAGUCGACCGCCGUUCAGAAAGUAGGCCGUAUCACACCGCAGGAUCUUGGUCUCUACGAGGAUGGCCAGAUCGAGCCAUUGAAGCGUAUCACGGAGUUUGCCCACGGACAAAGCCAGAAGAUUGCUAUUCAAUUAGCUCACGCGGGUCGGAAGGCCAGUGCCGUUGCUCCCUGGCUGAGCGGCAACGCGAUGGCUCUCAAGGAAGUUGGCGGGUGGCCGGAUGAGAUUGUUGGUCCAUCGGCAAUUCCCCAUGAGGAGGGAAUCAAUACCGUCCCCAAGGCUUUGACCGGGGAGGAUAUUGAGGAAUUGAAGAAAGAUUUCGGGAAGGCUGCCAAAAGGGCCGUCAGGGCCAAUUUCGAUGUGAUUGAGAUUCACGCCGCUCACGGAUAUUUAUUACACCAGUUUUUGAGCCCUGUUAGUAACCGACGAACCGACCAGUAUGGAGGUAGCUUCGAGAACCGGGUCAGACUUCUCCUGGAAGUUACUGAGGUAGUUCGAGCUAGUAUCCCGACAACCAUGCCUCUAAUUGUCCGGAUCAGUGCGACAGAUUGGUUCGAGUUUGAUGAGGUCCUCAAGAAAGAGUUUCCCGAGAGCUGGACAAUGGCUCAGUCGAUUGAGCUGGUCUCACUCUUGGCUGACUGCGGUGUCGACUUGGUAGAUGUCAGCUCAGGUGGGGUCCACGCCAAAUCUGCGAUCGCCAUUCGGUCGGGCCCCGCCUAUCAGGUACAUUUUGCGCAAGAAAUUAAGAAAGCUGUGGGCGACAAAUUACUCAUAUCGGCGGUGGGAGGAAUCAAGACGGGAUCGCUGGCCGAGGAGGUGGUGCAGUCUGGUAUUGAUGCAGUACAGGCUGGGCGUUGGUUCCAGCAGAACCCUGGCUUGGUUCGUGCGUUUGCAAAUGAGCUCGGGGUGAAGGUGAGGAUGGCCACUCAGAUUGAUUGGAGUUUUGAAGGUCGUGGGAAGAAGGCAAAGAGUUCCCUAUAGACAUACAUGUCUUACACUACUAUAGACUGGGAAACCUCCUGAUUGCUAUAUAAAGCAUAACUUCUUCAGCUCCGAACAUCUGUACUCCACUAUCUCAUAAU